CCUCAACGUUGCCAAUAUAUUCGUUCUGUCUAUUCGUGUUUUUCUGCCAUUGGCCAACAUAUACUUCCGGGUCAUUUGUCACGAUGGUUGACGAAAAAAUACGAAACUAACCGAUUGCAAAGUUCAAUAUAUAUAAGGUUAAACUGCUGUUUUAGUUAGCCUGUACAACACUUGAUGGUUGGCUAUAGUCUAGGAUAUACACAGCACCAUUGACAAGAUGACUCCAACAGCUGGAAGUUACGCAGUGCUGGCCACUCGACGCAAAACAGAACAUGUGGACUGGCGAAAGAUAGCUGCACUAAACAUAGAUCAAAUGUAUCAGACAUUUGAUUACAACACACUCCAGGAGAAUAUCUAUGGCAUAACAUUUUGUGAUAUAGAACAAGAAGUGGACAAUAAAAUAAUUGACCCAAAUUAUAUCAAGUUAUUUAAGUUAUCUCAGUUAAUUAUUGAAUAUUUAUUGAACUCACAAGAAUACUUAACUCAUCAACUGGGAAGUGUGGAAGAGAGAAUCAAGAAGCAUGAACAGAAGGAGAAUGAUCUCAAGCAACAGAUUGAGAAACUCCAGAAGGAGCUUUCUAAAAUCAGCAGGGAGAGUCACAAGAGGAAGAAACUGUUGAUGGCCCAGCAACAGCUCAUUCAUGGUGUACCCGGGAAUUACCAUAAGUGUCCUUAUUGUCCGAAAGCAUUUCUACACCACUCAUACUUACAGACCCAUUUGACAAAGCGACACAGUGACAUCACAGUGGUCCCUACCACUGCAGUAAACACAGAUGGUGACAGUAGUAGUGGCCAUGGCAGUGGUAGUCGUAGUAUCAUGCCAGCAUCAGAUACUAACAACCUGGCUUUUGAAAAGGAACUGAAGUUGCUCAGGGAUCAGCUGCAAGCCUUUGAAGAAAGAGACACUCAAAAACAUAAGGAGACUGCCAAUAUGUGGAAGUUAUUCCAUGAAAGGGAUUUGCAAUAUGAAGCCAAUCUUAAGGAAUUAAUGAAAAAAUUUUCUGUCAAGCAAACAAAUUUGGGUGCCAUUCGUGAUGAUGAUGAUGAAGUCGAUGCUGUUCCUCAAGCAUUACCAAAGAAUAUGUCAACACCAGUAGUUCAAGAGAGCAACAGAAAGAAAAAGUCCGUAGUCUUAGCCCAUCAGGAAAACAAAGCUGUAUUUUCUGCAGCACCGAAAAAAAGUCAGGAAGAUUUAGCUGUGUUCAGAAAGGAAGCCAAACUUUCAGAGAAACUAUUGCAGAAAAAGAUUCAAAACCUUGAGAAAAACUUCACUUCACACUUGAAAGAUCAAGAGAAAAUGUGGCGUUUGCAGAUGGAGGAGUUGAAGAAAAAGCAUAAAGAGGAAAUGUUACAGAAGAGCCAGGAGAAAAUCCAGCUGAACCAAAAGAAGGCCCCCACUGUGACCAAAGCUGCCAAAAAGAAGCUGAACUUCUUCCAAAAGUCUGAAAAGUCAGCAAUAUCAAAGAAACAGACUCUUCCUUUGGAAGAGAAAGCAUCAGUGGACACGUUCAGUUUUCACAUAUCUCCGGUGAAGGAUAGAGAUGCUGACAGAGUAAUAGAUAUGGUUGAGGAAAUUGAAAACAUUGAAGAGGAUGAUAACAAUGAUGAUGACGAGGAGGAGGAGGAGGAGGCUGAAGAAGAGGACGAGGAUGAUGAUGAUGAUGAUGAAGACGAGGAAGAAGAUGAAGAAAGAACUAAUGAUGAUGACCACGGCACCCAGAACAGUCUCUAUGAUACCCAAACAUACAAUGAGCUGAUGCAAAAGAUGUACAAACAAGUAUCUGAAAAUCCAAAGAUUUUAAAAGAAAUGAAAUCAGAAAUGGCCGAUCUGUUGACUGAGAAACUGGAGAAGAUCGGUUUCCCCGCUAGUACCAAAGCAAUAUCGACCAAAAGUUAUCAGGACAAGAUUUCAAUCCUCAAGAAAGACAGAGUCAACAAAGCCAAGAAAUACCCUGGCUUUUAUAAAGAACGUAAAAGACUUGAUGAACUCGUCAACACCAUUGCUAAGAAAAAAUUACAAGCUUCAGAGAAAAGUAUGAAAACUGUGAAAGAGAGUAAAACUGUUGUAAAAGCUCCAAAAGUUCGCAGCCCCCAACAAACUGUAAGAUUUAAUUCAAAGAAGGAUAACAGCAACAAGAUGCCAAAGAAGCAACAGCAACCAAAGCAACAACAAGCAUCACAUCGGCCAAUUGAUACUUUUGCUCCAAGACCCAUUAUUUCGAAGGCUGAAAUUCAUUCUCAAGGCGCAUCCAGCAGCUAUGAGCCCGUACCGUCAAUACGAAUAUCUACAGCAACAAUGUCAAAUGGUCCAAAACAAAAGCCAACAACAACUUGGAGUGAGAGCGAUGAUAGUGAUAAGGAGAAAACUGAUUCAUGGACUGAUACUGAUGUUUCCUCCCUUCUGAAUGACCAACAUUAUAACACUCCAGCCAAGUCCCCUGCAACCCCAGCAAGGAGUGUAGCCCUUGACAAAGUUCAGCCAUCACAUCAUGCUGAGAACCCUAAAAGGCAGCCAGUUCCUUUGCCCCGUAAAAAUGUAAUUUCUGAUUUUGAUGCUGAAGACAGCAGUGAUUUCGAUGCAGGGAAUAUUCUAACUGGUCAUUCUAAGAAGACCCUAAAUCGUCCAACAGCAACUCCUACAAAGGGUACAAAGGUUGCUGAGAUUGGGAAUAUGAUUCAAUCCCAACUUGAGAAUCGACCACAUGUCAAAUUCCCUGGUGCUGUUGAUUUGAUGAAGAAACCAGAAUAUACAGAGGCUGAUGACUCUGACUUUUCAAAGAUUUCUCUCCUGGAUGAAGAUAUUAACGAUAACAGACUCAGAAAUCCAAAAUAUACAUCCACACCAGCAAGCCGCACAGCUCUUGACACUGAGGUCUCUACUAACACUUACAGUACCAGUAAGUGGGGAUCCUCCUCUAAAGUGGUCAGCUCCUUGAGCAGUUUUGACUCCACCUAACACACGUGCUGAAUCUUCCCGUCAACUCAAGUGGGUCUUUCCACUUUGACUUCUGCUGUUAUCAGCCACAGAGAAAUGUUUACAAUCCAAAAAUUUCGAUAUAUGAUCCAGUCAUUUAUGAUUUUUUUUUUAUUGUUGGUUUUUUGCUGCUACUACUACCACCACUACUACUACUACCAUCAUCACCACCACUACCAUCAUCAUCAUCAUCAUUAUUAUUAUUAUUUUUAUUAUUAUUAUACAAAAUUGUCAAAGCGUUAGAAAAAUUUGCUUUGCCUUAUUCAUGCUUGGUCUGUAUUCUGAGCUCAAAUCCUGCUGAAGUCAACUUUGUCUUUCAUGCUUCAGGGUUGGUAAAAUAAGGCACCAGUCACAAACUGGAGUCAAUGCAAAUGACUUUCCUUCUUCCCCAAGACUGCUAGCCUUGUGCCAAAAUUUGAAACCAAUAUUACCAUUAUUAUUAUUAUUAUUACAUAAGGUGGCAAGAGUGCAGAAUCAUUAGCGUGCU